AUGCUGGCGGAGCAGGACAACCAGGAGAACGUGCCCCCGCCGGCGGCCGGCAAAGCCGCGGCGCCGCCGCCCGCCGCCGGCACCCGCGUGGCGCUGGGGCUGCUGCGGGGAGCGCAGCAGCGCGCCGGGAUCCCGCUGCAGGCGGCGCGGGGCGGCUGCGAGGGCCGUGGAGCGACGGCGGGGCUGCAGCAGCAUCAACAUCAGCCCUUCUCCAUCCAUGUGGACGAGCCCGAUGGGGAGCGGGAGCCGCGGCGGCAGCGGGGCGUCCUGGCGGGGCAGAAGGAGGAGGCGGCGCUGGGGCUGCGUGCGGCCGUGUGUGCCCUGGGAGAGCGGCGGCCCCUGGCUCCCCUGGGCAACGCCAUGGAGCUGAGCUUUGAUUCUCCAAGUAUUAUGGAUAUUUCAAUAACCUCAGAAACAGAAGAGAAAGCACCAAAUGUUAAUAACGUGCCAGACUAUAUCAGUGAAAUCCAUACGUACCUGAGGGAAAUGGAGGUGAAGUGCAAGCCCAAAAUAGGUUACAUGAAGAAGCAACCUGAUAUCACAAACAACAUGCGGGCUAUUCUUGUGGACUGGCUGGUGGAAGUUGGAGAAGAAUACAAAUUACAGAACGAAACCCUGCACUUAGCUGUAAAUUACAUUGAUAGGUUUCUUUCUUCCAUGUCUGUUUUGAGAGGAAAACUUCAGCUUGUGGGUACUGCAGCUAUGCUGCUCGCAUCAAAGUUUGAAGAGAUCUACCCUCCUGAAGUAGCCGAGUUUGUCUACAUCACAGAUGACACCUACACCAAGAAGCAGGUCCUAAGGAUGGAGCACUUAAUUCUGAAGGUUUUAUCAUUUGACUUGGCGGCUCCAACAAUCAACCAGUUCCUCACCCAGUACUUCCUACACCAGCAGACAGAUGCUAAAGUGGAGAGCCUGUCAAUGUACCUGGGAGAGCUGAGUCUAAUUGAUGCUGAUCCUUACCUGAAAUACUUGCCAUCAGUUAUUGCUGCUGCAGCAUUUCAUCUGGCAGAUUACACACUCACUGGACAAACCUGGCCUGAAUCCCUGUGCAAAGUAACUGGCUACACUCUUGAAGACAUCAAGCCUUGCCUCAUAGACCUACACAACACCUACCUCAAAGCAGCCCAGCACACACAACAGUCCAUAAGGGAAAAGUACAAGAGUACCAAGUACCAUGGAGUAUCGCUCAUUGACCCACCAGACACACUAAACUUAUUGUAAUAAUCAAGAGACUGAUCUUUUUAAGAGAUAUAUAUUACCAGGAAAUUAUGUACAGUUUUAAACAUGGUUCAGGAUUCUAGAUAUGAUCACUCAGAAUAUGAAUGCAGGCUUUUACUUCAAUUGUAAAGUUUAGUUUCAUGUGGUUUUAAUGUAAAUCUUUUGUACAUGCAAUCUUGUUAAGAGUUUUAGCUGUGUUUUUACCAAAAUGUUCUUUUCAGGCACAGAAUUAACCAUGCAGGCCACGUGAAGUCUGAGAAUGCUUAUCUAAUUAUAGACUAAAUAAUAGCAGUGCAUUAUUAUAGUAGGGCUUUUUCUCCUUCUGGGUAAGAAAAAUUUGGUCGCCACAGAGUAUUGGCAGCAUUUUAUACUGUCUAGUUUAAACUGAGACUUAGAUCAAAAGCAUUGCCUUAAUGGCUACAAAACUGGAAAAACUAUGGCCAUGAGGAGAACUCCUUGCUGGAAUCGACUCAUGAGGCUCUUUAGGACGUGCCCCAGUUGCUGUAUAAUGCAGUGCCAGAUCUUCAUCAGGGGAAAGGCUGAAAGCUCUGCUGCAGGGACUGCACAGUUAAAACCCCCUGCACCAGUUCAUACCUCGCGCUUCCACUAUGCAGAAAAUGGUCUUGCUGUCAGUAUUUUCUAGUCCAAGUGUAAAAUUGAUACUAAUCUAAACCCAUGGAGUUCCCACUGAUGUGUUGGCUGUCCCAAAAGUCCAUUGAUGCCUACUGAGAAAAUUAGUCCCCAGUCUACUUGCCUUGUACCUCUUGAGGGGUGGUGGAGGGAUUCAAGUGCAGUGGGUGAACUGCUGCUCUGUGGCCUCAAGAGCAGGGAGUGUCAUCUGACAUGGAUGGGCUGCAUGCAGAGCAGCAGGAAUUCCGUACACCCCUCACGCUUGGGAGGAGCUCCUCUCUGGCACACAGCAAAAAUGUGCCACGUUUUUCCUUAGCUCUGGAACUGUUACAUAAGCAAACUGGCAUUCAAUCAGCAUUAGAGCAAGUGGAUGUUUACCCUCAGCCUGUGUAAAUGGAGUGAUGCUGCCCUGUACCGCUGCUGUUUGCAUGUAAAGUAGCGAGUGCACAGAAGUGGGCUGAAUUGAGCCAUUUUCAGGUUGGCUAAUAAACAGCUUUUGUAUCUGA